AGAGGGCGGGCGUCGAUGCGUCAAUCAGGCAUCGGAUCGGGGGAGGGGACGGAACAGCUUGGAGCUGAGCCGCUGCUGUCGCCGUCGCCACCGGGGUUCGGACGGGAGGGAGAAGCGUCCUCUUGGCGAGCCCUCCCUGCCCCAGAGCCAGGCCGGCGAUCGCUGGAGGGACGGAGGCGGGAGCGGGGGCCGGGCGAUUGGGCCCGGCGUCGAGAGGAGGCUCCGUCCUCCUCGCUCCCCCCCCUCCCGCGGCAGGUUUGGGGGGACCAGCGAGCGGGCGACAGCCGUGGAACAAAAGGUCCAGCCUUGGCAGCAUAUUCGCUUUCGGAUUUUUCUGCUGCAGCCUGAGUUCAUCAUGAAGACCCUUGAUGAACCGCCCUAUUUGACAGUAGGCACUGAUGUGAGUGCAAAAUACAGAGGUGCCUUUUGUGAAGCCAAGAUAAAAACAGCAAAAAGACUGGUUAAAGUCAAGGUAACAUUUAGGCAUGAUUCAUCAACUUUAGAAGUUCAAGAUGAUCACAUAAAAGGCCCUUUAAAGGUAGGAACUGUGGUGGAAGUCAGGAAUCCAGAUGGAACUUAUCAGGAAGCUGUCAUCAAUAAAUUAACAGAUGCUAGUUGGUAUACUGUAGUAUUUGAUGAUGGAGAUGAGAAAACCCUUAGACGAUCUUCACUUUGCUUGAAAGGAGAAAGACAUUUUGCUGAAAGUGAGACAUUAGAUCAGCUCCCUCUUACCAACCCUGAACAUUUUGGGACUCCAGUCAUCGGAAAGAAAACUAAUAGAGGAAGAAGAUCUAAUCAAAUCCCAGAAGAAGAAUCUUCCUCAUCCUCAAGUGAUGAGGAUGACGAUGACAGAAAACAAACUGAUGAAUUAUUAGGAAAAGUUGUAUGUGUAGAAACUGUUAGUACGGAUAAAAAGAAAAAUAUUUGGUUUCCAGCUUUGGUGGUUUGUCCAGAUUGUAGUGAUGAAGUUGCAGUAAAGAAAGAUAAUGUUCUUGUUCGUUCUUUCAAGGAUGGCAAGUUCUCUUCAGUACCAAGGAAAGAUGUACGGGAAAUUAGUGAGUCUUCACCAAAACCUGAUGCUGCAUUAAAACAAGCUUUUGAUCAGGCCUUAGAGUUCUGUAAAAAUAGAACUGUUCCUAGUAAUUGGAAGACCGAGUUGAAAGAAGAAAGUUCCAGUAGUGAAGCAGAAGAAGAGGAUGAAGAUGAAAAGGACAAAGAAGAUAAUAGUAGUGAAGAAGAGGAAGAAAUAGAACCCUUUCCUGAAGAAAGAGAGAACUUUCUGCAACAACUCUAUAAAUUCAUGGAAGAUAGAGGGACUCCUAUUAAUAAACGACCUGUCCUUGGAUAUAGAAAUUUGAAUCUCUUCAAAUUAUUCAGACUUGUUCAUAAACUUGGAGGAUUUGAUAAUAUUGAAAGUGGAGCUGUCUGGAAGCAAGUAUAUCAGGACCUUGGUAUCCCCGUCUUGAAUUCUGCUGCUGGAUAUAAUGUUAAAUGUGCUUACAAAAAAUAUCUCUAUGGCUUUGAAGAAUACUGCACAUCAGCUAAUGUUGAAUUUAAAAUGGCACUGCCAGAGAAAACACCAAGCAAACCCUGUAAGGAGCAUGAACAAGAGGUGAAAAAACAGGAAGAAGUUGAGCUAAAUAUAAAAGAAACAAAGGUGAAAAAUGAAGAAAAAGAUGACGAAAUAACAGCAAUGAACAAACAAGUCAUACUAACUGAGAAUGAGAAUGAAAAAAAAGAAAAUGAUAAAACCUCUUCUUUGGGAAUUAAAAAAUGUUUUCAGGAGCCUCCAAAUGACCAGGAGAAAGAGUUAACAAUAAUCAUAACAAAUGAUGAAACCAAUCUGGAAUGUAAAGAAGACACAGAAUGUAAAAAUCUGGAAAAUCAGAACACCAUUCCAGAAACUGAAGAGAGGGAGAUAUCAAACGAUGUCACCAUUAAGGAAGAAGAUGAAGAUGAAGAAGGAGAAGAGGAGGAGGAGGAAGAUGAUGAUGAUGAGGAGGAAGAUGACAGAAAUGAAGAGGAAGAGUUUGAGUGUUAUCCACCAGGCAUGAAAGUCCAAGUGCGGUAUGGACGAGGGAAAAAUCAAAAAAUGUAUGAAGCUAGUAUUAAAGAUUCUGAGAUUGAAGGUGGAGAAGUCCUUUACUUGGUGCACUACUGCGGAUGGAAUAUGAGGUAUGAUGAAUGGAUAAAAGCGGACAAGAUAGUGAGACCAGCAGACAAAAAUGUACCCAAAAUAAAGCAUCGAAAGAAAAUAAAGAAUAAAGCUGAUAAAGAUGAGAAAUAUUCCCCCAAAGCAUUUAAAUUACGUCGUUCAUCAAAACCACCAUUUCAUGUUGGUAUAUCGCCUGAGAUGGCAUCCAAACCAGACAGCGCUGAAGCCAAAACUUCUGAACUAGCUCCAAAUAAACCUUUAGAGAUUAUUUCUAUCCUUAAUGGACUGCAAGCAUCUGAAAGCUCAGACGAUAGUGAACAAGAUGAUGACCAAAGUGCUCCAAAUGUCUAUAGCAAUGGGAAGGAAGAUCCUCAAGAUGAAGCUUUGACCCAAGACAAUAAUGAAGUUUGUCUGAAAGAGCAAAUCAGCUUAUCGACGCCAGAAGAGGCAGUAACCCUUGGAGAUGCUACAGCAUCCAAGCCAGUAUCAAAAUCCCCAGAAAGACCCCAGAAAGAAUUGACAGAAUUAUCUGAUGAUACUGACUAUGAUGGUGACCAUGCAAGUGCCAAGAAAAGGAAAGAGAUAAAAAAGGAAGCAACAGAUAAAAUAAAACGCGGUAAACGAAGGUACUGUGUACCUGAAGAAUGUUUAAAAACUGGGUCACCUAAUAGUAAAGAUGAAAAAUCAAAUGGAAAAGAUAUACUUAACUUGGAAAACAGCAGUAAUAGUUCUUCAGAUGAAGAUGAAGUAAAAAAUAAGUUAAAAUUAACACCUAAUAAGAAGUAUAACGGAUUAGAUGAUAAAAGAAAAUCUUUACGGACAAAUCCUUUCUUUCCUGGGUUCUCUGAAGUGUCAGAGAAGAGAAUAAAACUUCUAAGUAACUCCGAUGAAAGGCUUCAGAAUACCAGAGCAAAAGACCGGAAAGAUGUGUGGUCAAGUAUUCAGGGACAAUGGCCUAAAAAGACUCUCAAAGAACUUUUUUCAGAUUCUGACACAGAAGCAGCAGCUUCUCCACCCCACGCUUCUCCUGAGCAGGCACCACCAGAGGAGCAUCUGCAAACCCUUGAGGAAGAGGAUACCUCUUUGUCUGAUUCUAAAGUUGAAAGAUCUUUGCCACUAAGCACAGAUGCAAAACCUGUUGAAGAAAAGCCAGCUGAAACGAAUGACAAGAAAGUUGAGUUCCCAAGUAGUGGCAGUAAUUCAGUUCUAAACACCCCACCCACCACACCUGAGUCACCCCCAUCUGUAACAGUAGCAGAUUCCAGCAGGCAUCAGUCGGGCAUAUCUAUUUCUGAAACCCUGGCACCAAGUCAAGAAGAAGUACGAAGCAUCAAGAGUGAAACGGAUAGCACAAUUGAGGUGGACAGUAUUGUAGGAGAACUGCAGGACCUUCAGUCUGAAGGAAAUGUAUCUCCUACAGGCUUUGAUGCCAGUGUCAGCUCCAGCAGCAGUAAUCAACCAGAACACCCUGAGAAAGCUUGUACAGGCCAGAAAAGACUUAAAGAUAGCCAGGGUGGUGGUCCCUCGAAAAAGCAGAAAAGAAGUCAUAAAGCAUCUGUGGUGAACAACAAAAAGAAGAACAAAAGUACAAACAGUAGUGAUAGCGAAGAACUUUCUGCUGGAGAAAGUAUUACCAAAUCUCAGACAGCAAAAUCAGUUUCUACAGGAGUGAAAUCUCAGCAUACAAAAGCUCCAGCUAGAAUACAGUCUCCUGGAAAAUGUGGGAAAAAUGGAGAAAAAGAUUCCGAUCUCAAAGAACAGAACAGUCGUUUGCCAAAACUUUACAAAUGGAGUUUCCAAUUAUCUGACUUAGAAAAUAUGACCAGUGCAGAACGCAUUUCAAUCCUUCAAGAAAAACUUCAGGAAAUCAGGAAACACUACAUGUCUUUAAAAUCUGAAGUAGCUUCCAUUGAUAGAAGAAGAAAGCGUUUGAAGAAAAAAGAGCGGGAAAGUGCUGCUACCACAUCCUCCUCUUCUUCGUCGCCUUCCUCCAGUACCAUUACGGCAGCAGUUAUGUUAAGUUUAGCAGACCCACCCGUGUCCAAUUCAUCACAGAAUGGAAUGUCAGUCGAGUGCAGGUGACAGCAAGACUUGCCGAAGCACUUUGCACUUAAUGGCUGCUGAGAGCCACUUUUUAUACUGCACAGUGGCACAAAAUUCAGACAAGCACUAUUUUGUAUUUAAAAAAAAUCUUGACAAGCUAACUUUGCACUUAAGUGCACUUUUAUGAAGAAAAAGUACAACAGACUGCUUUUCCUCAAGCAAUAAUUGUUUCCAACUUGUCUGGGAAUUGUAUGCUGAAUGAAUUGAAGGCCUUCCACUGUGGCAAAUGGAAGUUGUUCACUGCCAGUAGAAUCAAUGUGGUAAGCGUGAGUUGUUGGGUAGGCCAAAUUAAAACAUUAAAGUGGCUUACUGUUCACGUAUUCCCUGGUAUUUUGUUAAAGCUGGAACAUUUGAUAUUUUUCCAUUCUUUAGGAAAAAUGAACCUAUUUUCAUUUUUACAAGAUAAUUGUUUUUUAACUGUUGCCUUAAUGGUGACUAUAACUGUACAAGUCAAGCACAGGUAAUUCAGUUCCAAACCUGCCGUUAACAGGAUGUUUCUCAUCAGAUUGACAACCAAAUAUAAGGAUUCUGCUUAAAAGGCUGACAAAUGUUUACAGGUUUGAAUUAGGCAAAAUAGGUUAUCAUGGGUUUUUGAUAACCCAUGAAUUGGAAUGAAACUACUGUACUUUGCCAUUUUUCUAUGAAUCAGUAUUUUUUUUAAUUUUGAUAAAAACACAUUGUGAAAAAGGAAGAAAACGGCUAACAAACUGUAUUAAAUCUUAAUGUACAAAGAUUGUAUUUAGCCAGUUUAAAGUGUAUAUUUAUUCAUAAUGAAUUAUAACACUUAUAUUUUUGUGUUUUCUUGUAAAAGUUUCUUUUCAGUUAAAGCAACAAAUAUUUCAUUAGUAAUGCUUAUUUUAUUAUGAGCUGCAAUUGAGAGGUCUUCAAGAAGGAGUAAAGGGUGUUAAUAUUAAGUCAUUGUUGAGAAGAACAUUGCCACAAAGGGAUAGUUGUUUAUAAUAUAAAUAGCUAACUGAGUGGUUGAAAUGAUUUUUUUUUAAUUGCCUUGUAUAAAAUCCAAAAUCAACUCAGCUGUUUUCACUUCUAUUGACUUUAUGUUGUAUGGAACCCAUGCCCUCUCGUUUGGCACUUGUAUUUAAUUACACAACUUUGUAAGACAUUUGUAUAUUGCGGGAGUGUUCAUUCGAGCUAUUUAAUACCUGGCACUGUUAAUACACAGUACUUUACUGUACAGAUUGUUUUACUGUUUUAAUUGUAGUUCUGUGUACUUCUUUUGGCUGGGCUUAUGGGGGCUGGCAUGUUUUUCUUUUUUUCUUUUUCUGGCAAUACAACAUGUAAGAAUUUCAAACAUUCUGUUUGUAGAUGCUAGAGUGUCCGAAUCUUUACAUUUGACUUUUCUAAGAAAAGCCUUUUCAGUCUUAGUAGUGUGUGUUUAAAGGUAACUGAUUUUAUUGAAAAUGGUUUCAAACUCUUCAGAUAUGUACAGGACUGUAAAAAUUGUUGACAAACAUUGAAGGAAAGGCAUAUAAAGAAAAGCUAUAAAAUAUAUAUUAGGUUCUGCAGACAAUGGAAUUAUGUAAUAUAUUGUACAAAUGUAAGCAAAGGCCUCUGAAAUAAAAUGCCAUAGUUUGUGAAUACUGGA